GGAAAUAAACUGCCAAUCUUCCUCGGCUGUCCGCUAUAGCAGCAAUCAUGGCGACCAAGGCCACUGUGCCCUUUUUGGUCACGAUGAUGCUCGUGACCGGCGUUUGCAAUACUAUACUCAACAAGUAUCAGGAUAUGCAAUGUGUUCGGAAUUGCGAUUCUCCCGACCCAAAGUACCGCCACACCUUCGAGCAGCCAGUGAUCCAGACGUAUGUCACUUUUUUCUCCUUCUCUAUCCACUCAUUCACGAUGCUCAUAUCGUCCCUCCAUGGCAGGAUCCAAAUGUUCAUCGGCGAGAUGGGUAGUUGGCUUGUCGUAUUGUUUUCGUACCUCUAUCAGCGCUACGUUGCCCCUCGCUUAUCCAGCAACUCCUCACCACUUCUCGCGGGUGGCUAUCAUCCUGUUCAUCACGACGAUAGUCUUGAUGAAGAGGAGGAGGAUUACACGAUCCGAGGCCCUGACUAUCCUCGCGACCCCACAAAGCCCAAUGAAUCACUCGAUGGACGUAUUCGUCUUCAAGGAUGGCGGAUCUUCCUCCUUGCAGCGCCGGCAUGCUGUGACAUCGCAGGUACCACUUUGAUGAACGUUGGGCUGCUGUUUGUCGCCGCUAGUAUCUACCAAAUGACUCGAGGCGCCCUCGUCCUCUUCGUGGGUCUCUUCAGUGUGAUCUUCCUCCAUCGGAAACUUCACCUUUAUCACUGGGCUGCACUGUUUGUGGUCGUUCUUGGCGUUGCGCUGGUCGGCCUUGCAGGCGCCCUCUUCGCUGAUAGCCAGGGCCAUGACUCGUCGCAGGAGAAUGCAGCCGCAGUCGUUGCGCAUGCGCUCAGAGAAGUGCAAGCCACUGCGCAAACCCCAGAAGCAGUGCAAACCCUCAUUGGUGUGCUGCUCAUCGCCGCCGCGCAGAUUUUCACCGCUUCGCAGUUUGUGCUCGAGGAAUGGAUUCUAGAGCAUUAUGCUAUGGAUCCUCUUCAGGUCGUCGGCUGGGAGGGUAUUUUUGGGUUCAGUGUCACUGUCAUCGGCUCCAUCAUUAUGUACUUGGCUGUCGGACGGACCGAGGCAGGCCGCUAUGGCUACUUCGACGCAAAGGAAGGCUGGCGUCAAAUCCUUCACAAUCGGUUGAUUGCUCUUUCCAGCGUCUUAAUCAUGAUCAGCAUCGGGGGCUACAACUUCUUCGGACUCUCCGUCACUCGCACCGUUUCGGCUACUUCUCGUAGUACCAUCGACACCUGUCGUACUCUCUUCAUCUGGCUCGUCUCGCUAGCCCUGGGCUGGGAAACCUUCAAGUGGCUUCAAGUGGCCGGGUUCGCCUUGCUCGUCUACGGAACGUUCCUUUUCAACGACAUUGUCCGGCCCCCUCUCAAGGCGUGUCUUCCCCGUGACCGCCGUGAGAGAUUGAUCCUUCUCCCUGAGGAGCCGAUCGAGCAUAUUUAGAAGUGUGCUAUGGGGAGGAUACCAUCACAUCAUGCUACGUUGAUUCUGGCUACUUCACUCGUGACCAAAUAUACUCAAUGAGCUGGCCUAGAAGGUGUAGAUCACCUUCCAACAUCUUUUAUGCUAUUGCCAUGCUUCUAGAAGCUCCUCUUGAUUGUUACAUCAGCAGAGCUAUACAAUUUCGGCUUGAGGCUUGUCCUGAAAAGCCCCAUUGUCUUGUCUUGGCCUCGGAGUCAUCAUUGGUUGAUUGGAUUUUUUUUUAUCGUUUUAUGCUUUUCUUUUUGGAAAGGGGUAAAUCAGCUCUUGGUCACGUUCCAUUUGGUUUGUUUCUGGGCUGUUUGUAUUGCAGGUGUCAUCGCGAUCACAGAACUGAGGGUUUUUUUAUGCUGGUUCGGACUUUUUACCAGCAAUCUGGUAUAGACGACAAUAAGAUCGAUGCACAGAAUGGAAAUAGAUUCAUCGCAAUGCUCUCUCCUGACAAUUGAC